CGGCUCGCGCCUGCAAUGGGAGAUCGCGAUUAGCGCCGUCGCAUUCUUCCCAUCGACACGGCGCCCACCAUAACUACCCAUAACCGUCCAAGUCUCAAUCGCCAACUGUCUACGCUUGUCGAUACCGAGGUCGGGUACUCCUUGGUCCCUUCUUCAACCACUGGCCUCUUCGGCUGGUCGCCUCGUUUGGAAAAGUUGUAAUCGAUUUGCCUGGCCGGGGUGGCAGCGUCAUCCGUGUCUGGAAAUCGAUCCGUUGCUGCUGUCCCUUCCCGCUCUCUCUCUCUCUCUCUCUCUCUCUUGCCCUCGCGCGCAUUACGAACGACUCGACUGCAACCGAGAACGAGGAAACUAGAUGUUUUGAGGUUAAAAUACUGUCCGGAUAUAGACAUAACAAAACGGCUCUUUUUUUGCUUACCCUCCGUUUCGUGGUAUUUGUUCGGUAAUUCGGUAAAUUCGCCGCCAUCGCCUAAUUUCAUCACUCGCCUUCGCCCUACUUUUUUUUUGCCCCAGCUAGAAAGAUGAGCUCCGGAACAAUCAAGCCUGGCGGUUCGUCAAAGCCAGCCCAGGGGACCAUCCCCGCUGGUCCGCCGAGCAGUCAAACUAUCCUUUUGGACAAGCUGAAUAGGAGGUCCACGCCCGACUCCGAAGCACUGGCAAGCUCAGAUGACGAGCCUGAGAAUCACCGCCAGGAUAGCCAUCCUCCCCCGGUACAGCCCCAGCAGCCGGUGCGCCGGUCAUCCUGGUUGAACGAUACCUCUCAGCAGUCACUACCCCGCCAGAGUCAGAGAAAAGGAUCCUUCGCGAGCACCUCGAUGUCUCCAACCAGCUCACACCCUGCCACUCCUUCCGGCGAGACAGGGGUUGCGGGUUGGGGUUCUCAUACGGGCUCGGCUGGCGUUCUUGGGCGGACUCACUCGGGGACUGGUUCGUUCCCCUGGGGAACCGGUAUUUGGAACAACGACAGAAAGGACCCUCCUUCCCGUCUGACGGAGGUCUUACCUUCGCCCACGUCCACAGUUGCGCCAGGAGGUUCAAGCAGCUCGUUCUUUGGCGAUAACAGUUUGACACAAACCUCACCCGCACAGCGAGACGCUCCCAGCUCACAGAUCCCGUUUGCGAUCCCACUUCAUCCGACACCAAAAACGUACCGGUCUCAGUCAUACUCGGUGGGUCAGCUUGAACCCGAAGCUAUUGGUACGAGUAUGGCUCCGCCGUCGUCGAUCUUGGGGAAUCGUCGUACGAUGGGACAUCCGGGCCUCCAACACCGGCCGUCCCGACCUAGUAUGCUGAGCGAGAUGUCAAAUGACGGCAGUUUGCUGGGCAAAGUGAACGAGGACGACGACGACGCCAGUAGCGGGUCCAUGCAUGGAAGCCAACAUCAGGACGCAGCGAAAACCAUAGAGAUGCUCACGCGAGAGAACAUGUUGUUGCGCCAACAGCAGCAGUAUCAAAACGCACGGCUUCGUCCUCGAGCCUCCACCGCAAGUGCUUUUGGCCUAAGCUCGUCUUAUCUGCAAGAGACGGUGCCCGAAGAAUCGGACUACGCGGUCGAUGAGCAUGACGAACUGAACGACGGCUCUGACGCGGCAACCCGGAGGGGCCCUGCCCGGAGAAUGAGCGAGUAUGGGGUCGGCCCGUACAAGACUCCGUAUUUGGUUGAGAACCGGAAGUUGGAGAACGUUAAGAAGGCGUUUUGGCAGAGCUCUUUGGGUUUUGGUGGCCUGGGAGAUAUUUCUCAGAGCCGGCGCCACUCCUUCGCUGAUGUGCCGACCCGGCAAGCGUCGAUCAGCUCCAUCGGAGACACUGUUCAAGCGCAUGAGCCGGCGGGCCAGGAUCUUGCUCAUGCCCACGACUAUCCCGCCGCCUUCUCUGAUAACCACAGCUACUCCGUCAACAAUCAGGUCUCGCCCUACUUUGCCGGCGCCGCUGGUCUCGGGGGUGCCCAGCAAGGACACCCCCAAGCCGCCUAUAGCAACCACCUGCCCUCUCCUUACACCGGGAUGCCUGGCUCCUAUUCCCACCGGCCUGCUUCGCCUCAUCGCGGCAUGUAUGGUAUGGCGCAGCCGCGUCAUAACCAGCCCCUCCACAUCGUCCUGUUCAAGUGUGCAAGGGCCGAUGUCUUCUACAUCCAAGAGGGUACCGGUCUCACUGUCAAGCCGGGCGACCUUGUGAUCGUUGAAGCCGACCGCGGCACCGACUUGGGCACCGUCGCACGGGAUAAUGUUGACUGGCAAACCGCAAAAGAGCUCAAGGAGCACUACGCCGAGGAGCAGUACCGGUGGCUUAUGAUGUACUCCCAGAAUGCUGCCGCGGCGCACGAAGGCGCUGGAGCUGGUCUCAUGGCGGCUUCAAACGGCCUCCAGGGUAGUGCUAUCGGAGGGAUGGGUCCCCCGAGCCAGCAUCACCACAUACAAGAGCCUGGAUCGGGGGAGCUGAAGCCCAAGUUGAUCAAGCGCCUUGCACAAAGUCACGAGAUCCAUGCUCUGCGGGAAAAAGAGGGCAAUGAGGCAAAGGCUAAGCGGGUCUGCCAACAAAAGGUCAAAGAGCACGGUCUGAACAUGGAAAUCCUCGAUGCCGAGUUCCAGAUGGAUUGGAAAAAGCUCACCUUCUACUACUUCGCCGACACGUACAUCAACUUCAAUUCACUUGUCACCGACCUCUUCAAAAUUUACAAGACACGCAUUUGGAUGUCGGCUAUCAACCCGGCAUCGUUUGCCAGUCCUACUCUCGGGCUGCAGGCUCCCAGCGGCGUCGGACCUGGGGCUGUGGUGCCGCGGUCUAGCGCACCCCCGAGACAGCAGGAGCACCAGCAGGAGUCACAACUUGCUUACUCUGGCUCCGGCCAGUCGGGCCGAGGCGCGCCGCCAUCCUUUGCAACACAAUUCAAUGCGGACCGUGCGGUGGUUGCAGGGUCGAACUAUCCCGCGAGCAACUACCCCUAUCACCCUUACGGUGCCUUUGCCAACACCGGGCGGGCGGGAGCCGGGCCCUAUGCCACUGGUGUGAUGCAGGGGCUCGACACCUUUGGCGCCUACCCUCAGGCAGGAGAUUUCGCUGCUCGUGGACGUUAUCCUAGUCCACAAUCUGCCACCGGCUCCCAGCACGAUCAGGCCGUUUCCCCUCUCGGAUCACAAGCUGACUUGCUUGGGUCAUUCCAAGGCCUGUCGCUGAACUCGCGCUAAAUAAAAAAAAAAAUACAAGAACAAAAAGCAGAAAUACCAUGCAUCGCACUGGUGGGACGUCCUCUCUAUUUUCCUUCUUAGACGCCAGGGCCGUGCAAAUGCACCAAGCUCUCCCGUCCGGAGCACCAUACAAACAAGAAAAAAGAGUAAUGCACGAAAAACUGACGGUAACGGCCGAAUCAUCUAACGUAACGAGACUA